AUGACCUGGCUUCGUUCCCCAACUGCCCGAGCAGCCCUCAUCUCCCAAGCAAAAGACCUCAUCACCUCCCUCCAGACCCCACAACAACACGUUCUACAACUCUCCUCCGAUGCCGUCUCCCUCAUCGCCCUCCGUACGAUCAUGCGAAUCGGGGUCCUCGAAGCACUGCCUAUGUCCGGCAGCAUCUCCCUCCUCAAUCUAGCAGAGGCAACAUCUUGCCAAACCUCCCUCCUGUCCCGCCUCCUUCGUGUUCUGGUCGGGAACCGCUUCCUAAGUCAGGACGGUGAGGGAGGGUAUAGCCAUACCGACAUUAGCAGAGGGUACCUGGGACAGGCAGGAGUCUGGUUCACGGACAAUCUGUAUCAACCAGUGCUUGAAGCACUUUUCCAGUUUCCCUUGGGGUGCAUGGAUGCCGAGACCGAGAAGCUGCGUGCUGAUGGCUAUCGUUUCGCGGAGCCUGAUGAUACGAGGCAUAACCCAAGGGUCUGGGCUUGGGGCAGGGGUGGGGAGAAUAUUUGGGACAUCUUCGCAAAGGAACACCCAGAAGCGAUGGGGAAGUUCCAGCAGGGGAUUGGGAUGGUGGGGGAUAAUGUUCCCGUGACGGGCGUGUAUGACUUUGGAAAGCUGAGUGCUGGCAAUGACGAUGGGGAACGAAAGGUCCUGGUCGACGUAGGUGGAGGCAUUGGACAAUGUCUCUGUGAGAUCGUGCGAGUCCAUCCAGAAAUCGCCGCGAGUCGAUGUGUGCUCCAAGAACAAGCCCCCCUCAUCGCCCUCGCCUCGCAAAACCCCUCCCUGCCACCAGACAUCCUAAAAAUGCCGCACGACUUCUGGACCCUUCAACACAUCAAAGGCGCCAAGGCAUACUUCAUGCGCUGGAUCCUACACGACUACUCCGACUCCGCCGCCACCAAAAUCCUACAGCACAUCGUGGCCGCGAUGGCGCCGGAUUCGAGAGUUCUGAUUUCUGAGGUCGUGGUGCCGGAGCGACUGAAUGAGGAGAGUAUGUUAGUGGGGACUAUGGAUAUGUUCAUGCUGGUGAUUGGAGGGAAGGAGAGGACGUUGGGGGAGUUGGAGGUGGGGAGGGUGGGGAGGGUGGGGUUGAGGAUUGGGAGGGUUUGGAGUACGGGGGGGGGGGCGUGUCGGUGUACGGUUGAGGCGGUUUUGGGGUAG